GGCGGGCGGACGCACGUUGCCAGGAUUCUGAACGCGCCGGACGGCGGGAAGUCGCUGAUCGGCACCGAGGUGAGCGUGUGCGGGUGGGUCAAGACCAUGCGGGACCAGGCCACCGCCAUCUUCCUAGAGGUCAACGACGGCUCCUGCCCUGGCAACAUCCAGGUGGUCAUCGACAAGGCGGCCAAGGGGACCGAGAACAUGACGGCCGAGGGCAAGUGCGGCACGGGAGCAUCCGUGAGGUGUACGGGCAAGCUCGUGGAGCCCCCCAAGGGCGCCAAGCAGACGGUGGAGCUGGUGCUGACGGCCACCAGUGGUGAAUUCAAGCUGUUUGGUGGCGUGGACGCCAAGUCCUACCCCCUGGCCAAGGGCAGACACGGCAUGGAGUUCCUCAGGACCAUAGCGCACCUGCGGCCGCGCUCCAACCUCAUCAGCGCCGUGGCCCGCGUGCGCUCGGCGCUGGCUUUCGCCACGCACGAGUUCUUCAGGUCGCGGGGCUUUCUGUACGUGCACACGCCGCUGAUCACGGCGGCGGAUUGCGAGGGCGCGGGCGAGAUGUUCCAAGUGACUACCAUGAUGGGGGACGAGAAGAAAGGCAUUCCCAAGACAAAGGACGGCAAGAUCGACUACUCGCAGGACUUCUUCGGGAAGCCGUCCUACCUCACCGUCAGCGGCCAGCUCUCCGUGGAGAACUACGCGUGCGCCCUGUCCAGCGUGUACACCUUCGGCCCGACCUUCCGCGCCGAGAACUCGCACACCUCCAGGCACCUGGCGGAGU